CGCCCCCAGACACCCGCUCCCGCCCACAGCCCGUUCCCCGCCCAGCCUCCCGAGCCGGCCCCGGGCGAGCGCGGCGGCCGCAGCGGCUCUGCGGCGCUGAAGGAGGCGGCCGGCGGCGGCGGGGGACCCUCGGCGUCGUCCUCCGACGGAGCAGAGCAGCGGCGGAGGAAGGGGCGAGUCCGGCCCUCAGGCCCGAGCCGCAGAAGGGAGCAUGACGGUCUAACCCUCCCUCUCCUCCCAGUCCAGCUGCCGGGAGCUCCCCAGGUGCCCGCCGCCGGAACCUCGGAGCGGCGCCCGGGAAAGUGCCGCCUGGGGCAGGGCCGCUGCGCGCCGAGUUCUGGGUCGCCCCGAGGCGGGCGCGGGGUCCCGGCGAGGCAGUCGGCACAGUUUCGGCAGCGCCUUCGGUGUGGGAGUUUGGGGCGCGGCGCGCCUCUCCUGCCGCCUCGGAGCCCGGGUGAGGCGCGAGUUAUGGAGCCCCCCAGCUGCCUUCAGGACGAGCCGUUCCCGCACCCCUUGGAGCCCGAGCCGAGCGCCCCCGCGCAGCCGGGCCCCGGGAAGCCGGGCGACAAGGUGUUCCGGCUGUGGUACGUGGGUGGGUCGUGCCUGGACCGCAGGACCACGCUGCCCAUGUUGCCCUGGCUCAUGGCCGAGAUCCGUCGGCGCAGCCAGAAGCCCGAGGCGGGCGGCUGCGGGGCGCCCGCACCCCGCGAGGUGCUCCUGGUGCUCAGCGCGCCCUUUCUGCGCUGCGUCCCCGCGCCUGGCGCCGGGGCGGCGGGGGGCCCGGGCCCCGCGGCCGCGCAGCCCAGCUCGGCGGUGUUCAUCUUCGAGCACAAGGCGCAGCACAUUUCGCGUUUCAUCCACAACAGCCACGACCUCACCUACUUUGCCUACCUGAUCAAGGCGCAGCCCGAGGACCCCGAGUCGCAGAUGGCCUGCCACGUUUUCCGCGCCACGGACCCCAAUCAGGUUCCGGAUGUCAUCAGCAGCAUAAGGCAGUUGUCUAAAGCUGCCAUGAAAGAGGAUGCCAAGCCCAGCAAAGACAACGAGGACGCCUUCUACAACUCCCAGAAGUUCGAGGUCCUGUACUGCGGGAAGGUGACCGUGACCCACAAGAAGGCCCCGUCCAGCCUCAUCGACGACUGCAUCGAGAAGUUCAGCCUGCACGAGCAGCAGCGCCUGCGGGGCCAGGGCGAGCGCGGCCCCGACGCCGCCACCCCCCGCGCCGUCUUCGAGGUGGAGGGGCCCAGCUCCCCCGCAGACAUUCUGCUGGAGGAAGGCGAUGGCAUCCCCGACACCCCCGCUGCCUUACCAGCCGUGGCCAGCCAGCCUGCGCUGGCCGGCUCUCGAGUGUGCUUCCCCGAGCGGAUUUUGGAGGAUUCUGUCUUUGAUGACCCGCAGGAGUUCCGCUCCCGGUGCAGCAGCGUCACCGGCGUCCUGCAGAGGAGAGUCCCAGAGAACAGCCACAAACCCCAGCCACGGAGGCGACACGCCAGCGCGCCCAGCCACGUGCAGCCCUCGGACUCGGAGAAGAACAGAACCAUGCUGUUCCAGGUUGGGCGGUUUGAGAUUAACCUGAUCAGUCCAGACACUAAAUCAGUUGUGCUUGAAAAGAAUUUUAAAGAUAUCUCUUCUUGUUCUCAGGGCAUAAAGCAUGUGGACCACUUUGGCUUUAUCUGUCGGGAGUCCCCAGAGCCUGGGCUGAGCCAGUACAUCUGUUACGUGUUCCAGUGUGCCAGUGAAUCUCUGGUGGAUGAGGUAAUGCUGACUCUGAAACAGGCUUUCAGCACGGCGGCCGCCCUCCAGAGUGCCAAGACCCAGAUCAAGCUGUGCGAGGCCUGCCCCAUGCACUCCUUGCAUAAGCUCUGUGAAAGGAUUGAAGGUCUCUACCCCCCAAGAGCCAAACUGGUAAUUCAGAGGCAUCUCUCAUCCCUGACAGAUAAUGAGCAAGCUGACAUCUUUGAACGAGUCCAGAAAAUGAAGCCAGUCAGUGACCAGGAGGAAAAUGAACUUGUGAUUUUGCACCUGAGGCAGCUGUGUGAAGCCAAGCAGAAGACACACAUUCACAUCGGGGAAGGCCCGACGACUUUUUCAAAUAGUACAAUCCCGGAAAAUGCGACAAGCAGUGGAAGGUUCAAACUUGAUGUUCUGAAAAAUAAAGCUAAGAGAUCUUUAACUAGUUCCCUGGAGAAUAUCUUUUCAAGGGGAGCUAACAGGAUGAGAGGGCGGCUUGGAAGUAUGGACAGCUUUGAACGGGCAAACAGUCUUGCUUCAGAGAAGGACUACUCACCGGGAGACUCUCCGCCAGGGACCCCCCCAGCCUCCCCGCAGGCCUCUGCUUGGCAGACGUUCCCUGAAGAGGAUUCUGACUCCCCACAGUUUCGAAGACGGGCACACACGUUCAGCCACCCGCCUUCGAUCACAAAGAGAAAGCUGAAUUUGCAGGAGGGGAGGGCUCAUGGGGUGCGCUCCCCUCUCCUGAGGCAGAGCUCCAGCGAACAGUGCAGUGAUGGAGAGGGGAGAAAAAGGACCUCGUCUACUUGCAGCAAUGAUUCCCUGAAUGUCGGAGGAACCCCUGUCACUCCUCGCCGAAUCUCCUGGCGGCAGCGCAUCUUCCUCAGGGUUGCUUCUCCCAUGAACAAGUCUCCCUCGGCAAUGCAGCAGCAGGAUGGGCUGGACAGGAAUGAGCUGCUGCCGCUGUCCCCUCUUGCUCCAACCAUGGAGGAGGAACCGGUGGUUAUAUUCAUGUCUGGGGGCGAUGACCCAGAAAAAGCUGAAGAAAGAAAAAAAUCAGAAGAAUUGAGGAGUUUGUGGAGAAAAGCUAUACACCAACAAAUUUUGUUGCUUCGAAUGGAAAAAGAAAACCAGAAACUUGAAGCAAGCAGAGAUGAACUCCAUUCCAGAAAAAUUAAAUUGGACUAUGAAGAAAUUGGUGUAUGUCAGAAGGAGAUCUUAAUAACCUGGGAUAAAAAGUUAUUGAACUGCAGAGGAAAAACAAAAUGUGAUAUGGAAGACAUUCAUAUUUCUCUUAAAGAAGGUGUUCCCAAAAGCCGACGAGGAGAAAUCUGGCAGUUCCUAGCUGUACAGUAUCGUCUAAGGCACCGAUUGCCCAAUAAGCAGCAACCUCCAGACACGUCCUAUAAGGAACUUCUGAAGCAGCUCACGACCCAGCAGCAUGCUAUUCUCGUGGAUUUAGGAAGGACGUUUCCUACUCACCCUUACUUUUCAGCACAGCUUGGGGCAGGGCAACUGUCACUCUUCAACCUCUUGAAAGCCUACUCCUUGCUGGACAAAGAAGUGGGUUACUGUCAGGGGAUCAGCUUUGUGGCUGGAGUCCUGCUUUUGCACAUGAGUGAAGAGCAAGCCUUUGAAAUGCUGAAGUUCCUCAUGUAUGACCUCGGCUUCCGCAAACAGUACAGACCCGACAUGAUGUCGCUGCAGAUUCAAAUGUACCAGCUGUCCAGACUCCUUCAUGACUAUCACAGAGAGCUCUACAAUCACCUGGAAGAAAAUGAAAUCAGCCCCAGUCUUUAUGCUGCCCCCUGGUUCCUCACAUUGUUUGCCUCUCAAUUUCCAUUAGGAUUUGUAGCCAGAGUUUUUGAUAUUAUUUUUCUUCAGGGAACUGAAGUCAUAUUUAAGGUUGCACUCAGCCUGCUGAGCAGCCAAGAAACACUUAUAAUGGAAUGUGAAAGCUUCGAAAAUAUUGUUGAAUUUCUUAAAAGCACGCUACCUGAUAUGAAUACAUCUGAAAUGGAAAAAAUUAUCACCCAGGUUUUUGAGAUGGACAUUUCUAAACAGUUGCAUGCCUAUGAGGUGGAGUAUCACGUGCUGCAGGAUGAGUUGCAGGAAUCGUCCUAUGCCUGUGAGGACAGCGAGCCUGUGGAGAAGCUGGAGAGGGCCAACAACCAACUGAAAAGGCAAAACAUGGACCUCCUAGAAAAAUUGCAGAUAGCCCAUGCUAAAAUCCAGACCUUGGAAUCCAACCUGGAAAAUCUUUUGACCAGAGAGACCAAAAUGAAGUCUUUAGUCCGGACGCUGGAGCAGGAGAAGAUGGCUUAUCAGAAGACAGUGGAGCAGAUCCGGAAGCUGCUGCCCGCCGACGCCCUGGCCGACUGCGAGGCGCUGCUCAGAGACCUGACCUGCAACCCCAACCACAAAGCCAAGGCCGGGGGCAAGGCGUAGCCGGGGCUCUGAGGAUGCUGCGGACAGUCUGCGGAGCUGCGGGCCACGCUGGGCAAGGCACUGAGGGUGAACCACGUCCCGGCUGAGCCCCAUCCCCAGCCCCAGCCAGUGGGCCUCGCUCUCACCAGAGUUUGCCAACCCUAAGCCAUUGGGCACAGGCGGACUAAUGUCUGUUGUUGUAGACUAUGUACAUAUAGAAAAUGGACAUCAAGAAUUCACGCUUCGGGACAAAAGGAGUCCAUGUAUAUUUAGAGCAAUUUUUAAAAUCAAAACUUCAUGAAAUCCACACCAUGAAGUUCCCCUUAGACACAUGCGAAAUCAUCUCAUCUUUGUAGUGAAACAAAGCUAGCGAGUCUUUGUCUAUUGAAAUAUACUUGAAAAAAAUGAAUGUAUUUUUUUCUCCAAAGAACAGCAUGUUUCACGCAGUGGUGUGUGUGUGGGGAAACAUUUGUGUGACUUGAUGUGUGUCUAGACCAGGAAGAUGACUGAUUGUCAGUCACGCUCCUGUGGUUUUUCCCAGGAACAUUUUCGGGGACCUUUCUCCCCCGCCUGCUUUGUGCCAACCGGCAUGUUAGUCUACAUGCGUUCUGAGGCUGCUCAGGCAGUGCCUUCACGUGCCUGAAAAGGCAAGGCUGAGUCUACCCGCCCGGUUCACGGUGGGAGAGAACGUUGCUAAUUUUCUAGCAAAUUAGACCAGCAUUGUAACUCAAAACUAAAAAAUAUCAGGUCUCCGAGUUUUAACUGGGGACCUGCACAGUUUUCCCCCCUUUUUAUUUAAAUCACUCCCACAUUUGUCUCCCCUUUACUUGGUGCCACAAGUGGCGACAGGAUUUGCCAUUUCCCCACCAACAUGUGGGAGCUGUGACUUCUCUCUACCUUAAAUGAAGGACAAGGCAGUGCAAUCACGAUUGGUUUGCUAAAGAUGACAGGCUAUGUUCAGACACUUUAUUUGGACAAUUGAUAGGAUGGAAUCAGCUCUCAGUCAUCUCCCCCUUCCAUGGGAACAUGUAUGAGAACCGUGAAACGUGUAAAACAAGCUGAUGCAGCGUGUUGGAAGGGAAGGGGAAAGCGCAGCAAGCCCUCCCGAAACGCACCCCCCUGCGUCGGGACGCCCGGCUUUCAGCCACGGAUGGUGUCUGGGAAGAUGGUGUCUGGGAAGAUGGUGUCUGGGAAGACGUUCUCGUACGCUGGGUGCAUGGAAGGGAAGCGAGGUUUAAAGCACACAGGCCGUUCUCCGUCUCAGAGGAGAUUCUGUGAUGGUGCCUCUGGAAGUGGGUGCGUUUUUGCCUUUCCAAACAGCAUUGAUGAUUACUGCUUUUUGCAGUCCUAACAUUAUCACAGAUGGAUGGUCUGGGAUAACUUUCUUUGAAGGGAGUUUGGUGUAUACACAAGCUACACUGUAUCAUAGAGUAGAAGAGUCAAGCUCUAAAGGUUUUGGACAACCUUGAUGAGCAGAUGAAAAGCCCCCUCCACACAGUUACCCAGUAUAAUUGUGCUGACUCAUGUUACCAAUCAGCAUGCUCUCUAACGCAGGCAGUUCCUCACAAGAAAAUGAAAUCUUAAUAGUUAAGGUAAUGUCAUUUCUAGGUUCUAGGAAAUGCUGAUUCUAUAUACCCCAUUCAAUUGGGGCCACCAACUGAUUGGUUGCUCGAAUUUCUCCAAAAUGUCUCUACCUGAAGGAGAGAUUUUUUUUUUUUCCUAUGAGGAAUAUGAGAAAUAUUCUUCUGUUACUCUCUGCUGAUGAAAAUCGCCUGAUGUGUGUGAGAGCCAAGGAAUCUUCAAGUUGGGGAGAGAAACUUUUGUUCCGUUUAAAGUAAAUUUUACUCUGGAUGUUCAGAGGCAGCGACAUGAGUUGUGUUAUGGUGUUCAGAGAUUGAGGUGUCUUGGAUACAAUAUUUCUCUUGAAAAUGAAUUUCCUUUUCUUUUGUGAUUUUGUAAACGUUGCAUCAAUUAUGCUUCACGCAUUGUUACAUCUUCAUCACAUCUGCAUCGGGCGUAUGUAAUGUCUAGUUCAUUUCCAAUAAAUGCAUCGCUUCCGUUUCCUUGA